GAUCAUAAGCUUUGACGUCUAUGCUCCGAUCGAUAAUCUUGGCGUGAAAGUCUCCUCCGCCCCAUUCUUUCAGGGGAGCAGGUAUUUGUCAGAUGGGCCGUUGAUAGUGGCAUAUGCUACCGAUGAUGGGCUGAGUGCGGAGAAGAUAGUUGGAGAGGUAAAGGCAGGCGUCAAUGUCAUCGUCUGGUUCAGCUCCAAUCUUAUCAAGGACCAAACAACUGGAAAGCCAGUGGUGGAUAUGAGCUGGAAUGUGUCUGUGGUGGGGAGAGUGCAGCAGAUGUUGGUGGCUUUGGAUCUGCCCACAACCCAUCUUGCAGGCAUAGGGGGCUGGAAUGCACCACAUCCUGACACAUCAUUCACAGGCGAACAGUGGUUCCAAGCAUGGGAUGAGUGGAAUAGAAAUCUCCAGGAAGAGUAUGCGGACUUCCUGGGCUACGACGGGGUGGACUGGGACCUGGAGGCAAAUGAUGACAUGCAGUACGACACCUUCCCCCCUUCCGUCCUCACUCUAGUCGGCCAAAUGAGUCAGAAAUUGAAGCAGCAUGGCUACAUAGUGUCUCUUGUGCCGCCCCAGUCCUACUUUGAUGUGCAGACCUCCCAGUUCUCCCCCUACGUAUACUACCCCCCCGCUGAUCCCUGGCACCCGGAGUUCACUUACGCAGGCAGGAAUGUCUACGUCUACUGGUGGGUCAAAUACGCCACCACACACCUCAAUGAUAGUUCUCUUGAAGUUCCCACGUUUGAUUUUGUCGAUGUUCAGUUCUAUGAAAGCUACAGUCGAUCAGCCUAUGCGGUGGAUUGCGAGGGCAUGUGUUUCUCAGAUUAUCUUCUAAAUGUGUACCUGAAGAAUAUUUCGUCCGAUUCCUGGAAGGUGAACUUCUCCCAGAAUUCCACACUGAUUGACCAAAUUGUGAAAGUUUCUGUGGCAAAGCAGUUAGUGAUCGGCCUGGCAGCCAAGAAAUUGAACGAUAAGACACUCUAUUUGGAUCCGAAAGAAGUUCAGUCGGCGUGGGAAGAGUUGCAGGCGGUAGGAAUGGACACUCCCAGGGGUCUGAUGUUCUGGAACUUAAUCCUGGAGCCAGACAAUGUGACGGAUCCGAGCAACAUGGCUUAUGGAUUCAAUCAGAUUCUACAUGUGCGAGAUGACUUCUGAUCACUACGCGGAGAUGACGAGGAAAAACUACAACGCUAUUUGAAGCACGAACAGAAUUAAAUUUAAUAUUGAUUUUAUCAUGCUAAUUUCUUUACUUGAAACUCAAAAUCGGACUCUGCAUGCAUAGGAUUAACGGAAAUAACCAAAACAUAUAACAUUUUGAGUAUGAUUAUAACAUUGAAGUAGUUGAUUAUCUGUAACAAAAAUAUCCGGUCUAAUGUAA